GCCAUUUUGUGGGUAACGCCCACCGGAAACAGUGUCUGCACCUGCACCGACAGCAAAACCACAAGCGCAGGAGGAGUUCCAGUCGAGACCGUCGCGUUCAUUCGACUCGGUCCCUCUCAUCCCUGUUUUCGGUAGUUCUACCACAGGUUAACUGCCGUUUCGUUGAGCCGGAGAGCUGGUUGCUGGAGCGAGGGGCUUUCAGCGCGCGAGAGAGAGAGAGAGGGGGGAAGAGGGAGGAAGGGCAGGUCCCUCAUCAUCAUCAUCAUCACUUUCACUCCCUUCAUCAUUUCCAAUCAUCAUCAUCAACGCGACGAGGCGUGUCCGCGAUUGAAACACACCGGAGCGCUAAAGCAGCAUCAACAACCGGACAGAAAUGCAGCGGGUUGACUUCACGCCGAGCCCGGACUCCGUUUGAUGCAGGCCCGUUCGCGUUUUAUUAUUUAUUUAUUAUUUGAUCUGGAAAUUUCUUGACUUUGUCGGGAUAGCGAACGAGCAGUGCGGCCUAGCAUCCGCUGCGUACGGCUGAAUGAACGAUGCGGACUUUAGCAGCUACCUGAUUUACCGCCGCGUUUCAACGGAUGACCGUUUCACCGCGUCAAGCAGCGUCUCUUCUCUUCAAUCUGCGUUAUUUUAUGGGAUUGACAGACAGUUGGUAGCACCGAUAAAAUGUGGAAGGCGAGGCGGCUGAUGCGGUUGUCCAACCGCUCCUUAAUGGCCUUCAUCUUUUUCUUCUCCAUGUCCACGACUUGCCUCUACUUCAUCUAUUCGGCUCCGGGAAUAGUCAACACAUAUUUCUUCAUGGUACAGGCUCAGGGUAUCAUGUUACGAGACAAUGUUCGAACCAUCGGUCACAUGAUCAGGCAAUACACCAAUAAGAACAGUACUCUCAAUGGUACAGAUUAUCCAGAUGGAAAUAACUCUAGUGAAUAUAUCGCUCAACCAACCACAUACCUCCCUGAGAACUUCACCUAUGCUCUAAACCUGCCCUGCCCUGAACGGUUACCUUCUAUGAAGGGUCAGUUGGAAGUCAACAUGACAGAUGUUCCUAUGGAGGAGGUUGAACAGAGGCUUCGACAUCUAGACAUUCAGUUUGGAGGCCACUGGAAGCCCAAAGACUGCAAACCACGCUGGAAGGUGGCCAUAUUAAUCCCCUUCAGGAAUCGCCACGAGCAUCUUCCCAUUCUAUUUCAGCACCUCGCUCCCAUGCUUCAACGCCAACGCUUGCAGUUCGCCUUCUAUGUCAUUGAACAGACUGGUACUCAGCCUUUUAACCGUGCCAUGCUGUUUAACGUGGGCUUCAAAGAGGCUAUGAAAGACCUGGACUGGGACUGUGUGGUGUUUCACGACGUCGAUCACAUCCCGGAAAGCGACCGUAACUAUUACGGCUGUGGUCAGAUGCCUCGACAUUUCGCCGCAAAGCUUGAUAAAUAUAUGUACAUCCUUCCUUACAAUGAGUUCUUCGGUGGAGUGAGUGGACUUACUGUCAAACAAUUCCGUAAGAUCAAUGGCUUUCCCAAUGCAUUCUGGGGCUGGGGGGGAGAGGACGAUGAUCUCUGGAACAGGGUUCAUUACGCAGGUUUCAAUGUGACCAGGCCGGAGGGAGAUCUUGGCAAGUACAAAUCUAUAGCUCAUCACCACAGAGGAGAAGUCCAGUUCCUUGGAAGGUACAAGUUGCUGCGGUACUCCAAAGAGAGACAACAUCUGGACGGCUUGAACAAUCUGCACUAUUCACCGAAGAUCUCUCUGAGUAGCAUUUAUAAGAACAUCACAGUGAAUCUGAAUCCCGAACUUGCCCCCAUAUCAGACUACUGACAGGCUCCGCCCCCCCCCCCCCCAUUGUGACCUUGCGAAUGGGUGGAGUUAAAGGUGAUGAAUCAAUGCCAAAUGCCCUUAAAUACAGGAUAGGGAAAGGGCAAAGGCAAAGGCCCGUCUAAUGCACAGUUAAUUGGGUGAUGCGCGUGUGUGUGUGUGUGUGAAUACUGUAUCAUAUCUGUCGGAGGGUGGGUGUGUGUGGCGUGACUGCGUUUGUUUCUUUGCAUGUUCCUGUGUCCAUGCUGGCUUUAGGGAAUCAGAUCACAUUUCAAAAACGGAGGGGAGUGCCAGCAUCAACACAUCCGAUGUUUACUGCAAAGCCUUAAUUGAAUUUUAUAGGCUCUCAAACUCUGUCGAAUCCAGUCCUUUGUGCUAACAUUAGACAGCUUGGUCUUUCAUUACAGCAGCACUCUUGAUGCCAAUAGAAAUGUUGUCAUGUUAUCUGAAACGUUUUUAUACAUGUUUUUUUUUUAAGAGCAAAAAUCAUUUAGAGGGAGUCUGUGCAGUUUUAAUGGAUGCAUUUAAAAUCUGUCCUUCUAUAACUUAAGUAACGUUUUGGUCGCAUAUCAGUUCACUUAAGUGGUGUUUUCCCCCCUAAAUCCUGCUAUACAGAAGGCUGUGAAGUGCAUGCCCAGAGUCCCUGUGUAAAUAUCUGGCCUUUGAAGCAAUGCUUAAGCUUUAUCACUUAAAAAAUUGCCUGUGAUUCCAGUGGAAACACUUAUUUUUUGGCAGCUAUUUGUUGUUUUGUUUAUUUUAUUAUUAUUUUAUAUCGAAAGGUGUGGGGCACAGUUUGACUGAUGGACUAAAACUAUAUUGAGCGAUGACCGUAGAAUGCAGAAGUAAUGGAAAACGACAAACAGAUGAAAUUACCUGCUGCAUGCCUUAAUUUAUUUUUUUUACAUAAUGAUCUGUGUCUUAAUUUUUAUUUUUGUCACAUUGAAUGUCUGUUUGUUGAUGACAUGAUCAUUCUCCCGUCUCAACUACUCCAAGGUUGCGCAGGAAGCAGAGGUAGAACCGAAAAGUCCGAGGGGUGUUUACGAGGUCGCAGAAUGGCCCGGCGUCCUGUCGGGUUUCGCAGCUGCUAAAGCCAAAACGCCCUCGACGGGGUUUUGCGUGUGUCUCAACCUGUGUGUUUGCGUGCAUUUAGCUCCUGAACUACUGGUUGCGCUCUGGUCGGGACCGCGAGUAGGGCCAAAAUGAGAGAGCGAUGUUGGCGUCGCUCUUGAAUGGCAUCUGAAGUACACUUGGGCCAUGACGACUUUAUGCUAGUAAAGUUUUGAGCAUCACAAGCUGUAGGACAACGGUCUUUUUGUUAGUAUGUUUGCCUUUGUAGAUAAUUUUAAGGUUUGAGUUGUUAACGCGUACCGUUGCUUUCAUAUUUUGUGUAUUUUAAGUUAUCAAAUAUGUCCUAACACUGCUGUUUUUUACCCUCUCGUAUCGUGUGUGUGUCGACUCAGAAUUACACAACAGCAGCAAGGUUAUUUUUGCAGCAUGGUUUGCGACAAAAAAAGAGUCUUGAAGUUAAAAUACUCUCUAAACAUUAUUUCUCAAGUCGUUUCUUCCGUAAUGGCUAUAAAAAUCCUUUUGACCAACCGGAAAAAUGAUUUUGGAAAGAACAGAUGGGAAACAAGAUGUUAGACUUAGAUGGAGGUUACUAGUGCCAAAGUCUUCUUUUCUUUCCCUUUGUACAGUAAAAUGUAGCUCCUUAAGACAUCAAACCAAGUCUAUUUAACCUAUUCAAAGUGUGCAAACUGAGGUUGUCAUGUAUGUUGUUGAGAGUAUAUGUCAUAUAUGCAGUCUGUGUGUGAGAAUAGCUCUAGGUUAUAGAAUAACAGUUGACAUUUUACAUAAAGGACGAGAGAGAGUUUGGCGGCAAAGAUGGGAUUUUGACGUACUGUACUUUCGGUUUACGCCCCACGUGGAAGCGAUGGCUGAGAUGUAUACACUUACGUGUGUUUAAUGCGGUAAGGGUGUACACGAGCACUAGUUUCCAGUGGCCUAAAUAAACAAUAUCAUUCCACCAGCACAGUGCACUGUUUUAAUUUUCGUCUUGCAUGCACGAGGAGAUAAUAAAGUAGCUUAUGCCGCAAUCUUUCGGGCCUGCGAAGAAAGUUUUGAGGUGACGCUUACACACGUGGUCUUAAAUGAUCAUGAAACUGAGGUGGGUUGCAAUAUAUGAAGAUUGAAUGUCACUUUGAUUCUUCAGAUCACAUUCCCCCGAUCGGAAGAAUUUCCACAUCAUAAGCGCAUCAGUAAGACUGCUCGGCGUGAUUGUUCGUUCGAUUUAGUGGUUAGUCGUAUGUUUCGAGGAAGCUGUUUAGUGCUGUCGUCUGUAUGCUGGUUUAGAUUCAUCUCAUCUCAAGCUUCACCCCAAACCCACCCUGUCCUCUCAUAACUGCCCCUCUUCAUCCUGAGCUGUGUCUUUUAAAUAUAUCCAGAAACAAUAGAUAGAGAAUUUUAAAAGAUGAUUUAUUCACCAUUACAAAUCUGUAAUGUAGAGUGUUCAAUUUUGCAGUAUUCAUAUUUGUGCCUUGAGUUUUUUUAUUUCAGUUUCACUUCCACCUUGAGAUGUGCAGUGGGGUGCUUGUGGACGGUGAUUAGAAAAAAAAUUGGGUGCACAGUUUGUUUUAUUUUAUUUAUUUGAAUCUGGAACAAUGUCCACGUCUAAACAUCAGAAGAAAAUAUGCUAGUCAUUCAUUUGAAAACCUUUUUGUUUCUCUGUUGUGGAGGGUCCACAUUAAAGGGAUACUUCACUCAAAAAUUAAAAUUCUGUCACCAUUUACUCACCUUCGAGUUGUUCAAAAUCUGUAUAAAUGUGGUUAAAAGAAUUUUUCCAGAUAUAUUUUUCUGCGUUCAUCAGAACGAAGACAUUUAUACAGAUAUGGAACAGUGAAGGUGAGUAAAUGACAGAAUUGUCAUUUUUGGGUGAAGUGUCGCUUUAACACCGAUGUGAGAAGCAGAAUGUCUGGAAAACCCAGCUGCUUUGUCUGAAAUGCACAAUUCCUGGUUCCAGGUUUUAUUUUUUCUUGUUGUACCGGUCUGUCUGUUCACUGCAUUACGCUCUGUAAUGAUUAUUAAAAGACUUUAUAGUUGACAACUUA